CCUCAGUCUCUAAUUCUUUAUAUAUAAACCUAAUUAAUUAUGUUUCCAAAUAUAUAAAAGUAGAUACUUUUCUCAAGUUGACUUGUAGGCAGAAAAUAUUACUUAAUUCAAAUACAAGAACAGUGUUUUAGUUGUCACACAAGCUCAACAAAAGCAUAUCAACAACAACAACAACUCCAUUCUAAUGACUCCAACAAUCAUAUAAACCAAAUUCUCCUAUGCAUCUUCAUAUAAAUAUAUACAUUAGUCCAUCCAUCACUAAACAUCGAUCAUAAGCAACUUGGGUAUCCAAACGUUAGACUAAAAUGGUCAAAGCACUUCACAUAACCAUCAUGCUCUUCCUCGUAGCCUCCAAUCUCCUCGCAUUUAUCAAUUCCGCUAGACUUCUCGACCAGAUUCAACCUCAGCCUGAAGAAGUUGACGAAACGGGCGAUAUCCCACCACCAGCAACCACAACUACAUCAGCAUUCACGGUCCCGGCCGGUCCAGCAGGAGCUACUACAACGAGUGAACAUGAGCCAUCACUAGAGUUCUUUAUGCAUGACGUGCUAGGAGGGUCACACCCAUCAGCUCGUGUAGUGACCGGCAUAGUAGCUCAAACCGAGGUGAACGGCAUACCAUUCUCAAAGGCCAGCAACAGCAUCUUCCCAGUAGACAACGGAGUCCCACUGGUCAACUCAAACAACAUCAACAGUGUCAUCAACCCAAACACAGCUCCACUUCUCACCGGACUUAGCGGCGCUCAAACCAGCACCGUGAUCCAAAACACCAACGGAAAUACCAACGAUGCCCUCAGCUCCAACAGCCUCCCCUUCGUAACCGCAGGAAACCUCCCUCCCGGUGCUGCACUCCAGCAUCUUAUGUUCGGAACCAUAACCGUUGUGGACGAUGAGCUAACCGAAAGCCACGAGCUCGGCUCAGCUGUUAUAGGGAAAGCUCAGGGGUUUUACCUAGCCAGUUCCUUGGAUGGGACUAGCCAGACUCUUUCUUUAACCGUGUUGUUAGACAGAGAGCAUGACCAUCAUGACACUUUAGACGAUGCCAUUAGCUUCUUUGGGGUUCACAGGACCGCCUCUCACGCCUCUCAGAUAGCGGUUAUUGGCGGGACAGGGAAGUUUGAGCAUGCUAAAGGGUAUGCCAUAGUGGAAACUCUGCAUAACCAGAACAACCAGCAUAUCACUGAUGGUCAAGACACCAUCCUCCAUUUCAGUGUAUACCUCACCUACAAAGCUUGAAAUAUAUUGAGUGUUAAACAAGAGAUGAUUGCUUUGGUAUAUGUUCUUGCUCACUAGCUUCCUAUUGUGGCCUUUUUUCAUUUGUUGUGAAAAUCUGAU